AUGCAGAGAUGUUUGAUGUUUUCAUUAGUUAUUGCCAUCUUCUACUUGCCUGCUAAUGACUUUGGCGUACCAGAAAAAUUUGUUAAUGCAAAAGGUACGUACAUCACAAAAUACUCGCGUCUAUCAUUUACUCUCUUAAUUUCCAUCAAGAACAGAUUUAUAGAAGAAACAAUUAUCGAAGAUUUAAAUCCAACAUUCAUUUUCUUAGCUAGAAUCGUUAUGCUACUGGUCAAUAGUAAAGAUCGUGCUUGCAUUAAAGCUUUCGAUGGUAAAGGCAUGUUUACUAAACAACAUGGCUCUGGUCGGAAGCAAUUUGAUGGACUCCUCCGUCACGAUUUUAAAAUACAACAGGCAAGUAAGACGAUUGGCUAG